UGUGUCUGUUUUAUAUCUUCCUGAGAGUUCGGGCCUUUCCAGAAAAGCACAAGAGAAAGGUUUAAAUUAUUUUACGCAAGGCUAUAUCCACAAUAUAAACAUUUCCGACGAAAAUCAACCGAAAGUAAAUGCGAGAUGCUGGCGUUCCAUGAGGAAAACGACUCGGCACACAAACUUCACAUUCAAGUUUGCUUGGAGACGAAACAGCUAUCAGAGGCUAACUGCUCCUGUAAAUCUGGGCUAAGUGGCCACUGCUCACACAUUAUUGGGCUCUUAAAAACCUUACACGGAUUCAAGCUGCACAAUUUAACAUCAGUCCCAUAACAGCAGAGUUGUACGAGCAUUCCAAGAAAGUGGGGCCAUCCAAGAGGGAUGAAAAUAAAGCCAAUACCAAUGAGCCAUGUUGUGGUGGAAAGACCCACAGCAGAAGUCAGAAAACGAAAGCCUGUAUUGUGUCAGUUGGACACACAGAAGAAACUUCCUCUUGUUGAGUCUUCUGAUGUUAAAAAACUGAGACAACUCGAUGGAACGCCACUGGGAUAUAUUUUAUCAGAAGAUGGACCUACAGUGGAUACACCUUUUGGGAAAGUACCUGUUGGCUCACUGUUAUCAUAUCAGACAAGAAACUUCAAAAAUAUAGAAGCCUCUGUGGGAACUGGAUGCGGCAAUACACUAUUUCCAAAAACAGCAUCUGUAAAGUUAACAGAUGAAUAUCUUUGCUUAAAUAAAGACUUUGCCCUGGUUGAUGCUGAAAAACUGGAAAGCCAGACACAGGGACAGGCAAGCUGCCAGUUAUGGAAAACAUCAAGGGCCAAACGAAUAACAGCGUCAAAUUUUGGGAAAAUUUUACAACUCAAGUCUGUGCCAUCUUCAAAAUUCUUGGAGAAUAUAUUUAACAGCAAAGAAAUAUCAGCUGCUCACUUGGAAUAUGGCAGAAGAAAUGAACCAAAAGCAAAAGCCAAGUAUCUUGAACUGUAUCAUACAAGACACAUACAUGAAUGUGGACUGGUGGUAAAUAAAGAAUUUUUGUUUUUAGGUGCCAGCCCAGAUGGUAAAGUAUGUGAUAACAAUGAUUGUGGCUUAAUUGAGGUCAAGUGCCCAUAUACUGCAAGAGACCAUACAAUUAAUCAAGCAGUUGAUGAACUUAAAAAAUUUAUUUUGAAAAGGGAAGGCAAUUCGAUUGUUUUUCCUCAGAAUCAUCAAUACUAUGACCAGGUUCAAGCUGAUGGUAACUGGCUCAAAGUUUUGUGACUUUGUAGUUUAUACCAAUAAAGACUUGCAUGUUCAGCGGAUUUAUCCGAAUAUUGACCAUAUACAAAACAUGUUGCAAAAAUUAUCUUUGUUUUACAUGAAAUAUGCAAAACCCCAUCUA